AUGGCGGCGGCGUGUGCGCUUGGCAGAGCCAAUUUGAUCAGGGCGCCACACGGAACCCUGGUUCUUGAUUUAAUCACGGGUUGUGUGGUCAUGGCGGGUCACCCCGUUCUUCUUCUCUUCCAUGAGUUCAGGAGGACAUGCGACGGAUUUCAAGCCCAGCAAGGUGGCGAUGAUGACUCCGAGACAUCAGUACAUUUCCAGACCCCAGUUGUUAGCUGGUACUACCAGGAUGGUGAAAAGAUCUGUAUUCUUCUGCCCAUUGACAAAAGUUGGCUUGCUCCAGUGGGGAAGACGCCAAUGGUGGCCGACAAGGCAGCCAAUCUUAAACGCCAGGGAUCUCAGGGAAUUGGCAAGGGUGGAAACCAAAACUAUAGAUUUUCGUAUGAAAUCUACACAUUAAUGCACUUGAAAGAUUUUUGCAAAGUUCUCACAUAA